UUGAUACAGUGGAUUUACUUAGUAUUUGGCCCACAGAAGUGGACGUGUUGAAAAAUGGAAAAGAAAUUAUUUAAUUCGUGACGAUUAAUUUGACAUAUUAAUCAAAAAUGGAGAAAUUUUUGAUUUCCAUUCUGCUGCUCUGUGUCAUUCUUCUAACAGAGCACAGCUAUGCGGACUAUUGCCUGACGUACUACUCAAACAACAUCAACACCUACUAUAUGUACUGUGCGGACGGAUGCUGUGGAUACUCACACGACAGAGAGUGCUGUAACAAGAUCAACUCGGGGGCUAUCGCUGGGGGUGUGAUCGGGGCUCUAUUGGCCAUCGCCAUCGUCGCUGGCGUCAUCGUGUACUGCUACAUCUCCAAGAAGAAGAAGAAAAAGAAGGAAGAAGAAGAGAUUGAGGAUGGGUUUGAGUUUAACAUCAAUCACCCUUACAUGGGAUAUGGAUUACCACCUGCAGGUGAACCAGAGCCAGGCUACCUGAACCAAGGCUUCCCGGGGGCUCCACUCGGACCACCGCCGGCGUACGACCACCCACCCCCGGCUCCCAUGGCCACUGUCGGGGCUAGAGGAGGGCCAGACGACCUGUCGCCGCACCCCACAGAACCCAUCUGAAGAGAUGGAGAAGGAUUCAAGAAUUCAAUGAGCCCUUUUCUGUGUUUAAAUUGAAUAUUAAUGUUUUUGAAGAAUGUUUACUACAUUUGAUAUUGAAUACCGUGUGGUUUUAUAAUACAGAUUACAUGUGCAUUGUAUUAUGACAUGCGCAUGGUUUUUUUAUACAUUAAUUUUCAUUUUAUCAAUUGAAUGUAAAUCACAAUUGUAUACAUGUUAAAAAAAAACUUCAACUCUUGGUCAAAGUUAACGAUACCUAAACACAUGACAAUACUGAGAUAUUCUUUGUAAAUAUUGUUCUGUUAUUAUUAUUUUUUUAUUGCGAUAUAUAUGUAUCUUAAUUGUGACCUCAUAGUUUUUAUUGAAUGGAUUGUGAGGUUACAAAACAAGGCUAUUCAUUCAGUCACCAUUAACUAGCUGCUCAAAAUCCUCACAAAAGUUUGAUGGAAGCAAGGAAUGUUUCUACACAUUCUACUUUGUGUUAAAGUGUAUUGGAUAGCGUAAUGUAAAAAAAAAUAAUAAAGCAAUUUUACAGCG